UUCUCAAGCCGUAGCUGGUCCUCCUCGGGAGGUUUCCAGGGACCCAGAGGAGGAAGCCGGCUUGCUUUAGCUGGAUCUCAGCCUUUGUCAAAUGUCUUUGGGGGGAGUGGGAUGACCAGCAGCAUCUCGUCCCUUGCUAAGGAUGGGCUGAUGAAGCGUUACGGGCUGGAGACCAACAUCCUUGAUAUUGACGAAAAAGGCACCAUGCAGAAUUUGAAUGACCGCCUCGCCGCCUACCUGGAAAGGGUGAAAUCUCUGGAGGAAUCUAACAGAAAGCUGGAACAACAUAUCCAGGAAACCUACGCAAAGCGAGCAUCUACUGGGCCUCCCGACCUGAGUGGGUAUUUCAAUACCGUCACUGAGCUGAGGACUAAGAUCGAAGAAGAGGCCUUGAGAAAUGCUGGGCUGCUCCUACAGAUCGAUAAUGCCAAAAUGGCUGCUGAUGAUUUCAGAGUGAAGUUGGAAUCGGAGCUGGCCAUGCGCCGGUCUGUGGAGGGGGACCUUGGCAGCCUGCGCAAGGUGCUGGAGGAGCUCAGCGCGAGCCGAGCUAGUCUGCAGGUGCAAGUGGACCACCUACAAGAGGAGCUGGCUUUUCUCAAGCGGAACCACCAGGAGGAAGUCACCUCCCUCCAGGGAAGGCUGGGGGGCACCAUCAACGUGGAGGUGGACUCCAUGCCCGGCAUCGACCUGCAGAAAAUCCUGGCUGAGAUCCGCGACCAAUAUGAGGAAGUCAUGGAAAAGAACCAGCAGGAAGCCGAAGCAUUGCACAAAGCCCAGUGUGAUGCCAUCAGCCAGCAGGUCGUGGUCAGCACCGAAGCCCUCCAGACGGCUCAGGUGAAGAUCGCAGAGCUGAAGCGGCUGGCCCAGGCCUUGGAGAUCGAGCUCCAGUCCCUCUGCAGCACGAAAGCGGCGUUGGAGGGUACCUUGGCUGAGUCCGAAUCCCGCUACGGGAUGGAGCUUUCCCAGCUGCGCAACCUCGUCGCUGCCAGGGAAGCUGAGCUGCUGCAGCUAAGAUCAGAUGCCCAGAAACAAGCCGAAGACUACAACCGACUGAUGGACCUCAGGACCAGACUGGAGCAGGAGAUCACCACCUACAGGCAUCUGCUUGAAGGAUCAGAAGCUGACCCAACGCUCAUCCCAGAGCCCUCUGCAAGCCGCCGAGUGAAGACCGUCAUUGAAGAGCUGGUGGAUGGCAGGGUGGUAUCGACUCGUGUGGAGGAGGUAGAACAACAGCUCUGA